AUGGCCCACGAGCCGUACACGGUGUCCAAGAUGCUCGACUCGAUCAACGAGUCGAUGCAAGGCGUCGGUGGCAAAGUCCAAUUGAAGCGCGACGUCGGCAACGGCAUUGCGCUCGACACAUCCGAAAAGGAAAUCGCGUAUCUCGACACGCAGUCCAAGAUCAAGUCGUCGGCCGAGCGCGCCGCGCAGCUGACGCCCGAAGGCAAAGCCGCGUGGAUCGCUGCCCACCGAGAAAAGGGCAACGAACUGUUUCGCGCGGGGGCGUUCGCCGAGGCUAGCGAUGCGUACCUCCAAGCGCUUGCGGGCCUCGACUUUGGUGCAGACAAGCACACAGUGCAAGUGACCAUACAAAACCCCAUCACGUGCAACGUCGUUGCGUGCAUGCUCAAGCUUGAGCAAUGGGGCAAAGCCGCGCAAAUGUGCAACCUCGUGCUACAGUCGGAGCCGACCAACAUGAAGGCGCUGCGGCAGCGCGCCAAGGCGUUUAUGCUCCUUGAGCGCUUUUCCGAAGCUCGCGCCGACUUGACAACGGCGACAGAGCACGCCGGUAGCGAGAGCGAGCGACUCGAGCUGCAGCGCCAGUGCGCUGCGAUUGACCGCUCGGAGCUUGUGUCGAAGCACCAGCGCUCGAGUCAGCGGCAGUUUGAGAAGAACAUGAUGAAGCGCGUCGGUAGCCUGUACGACGACAAGAAGACCGUUGCAGUGGCACGCCCGACCCCGCCAGCGUCGACGCUGCAGCGCGUGUGGCACUACAUGUGCCAGCUCUUUCUCUGGUGUGCCCAAAAGCGCAAAGCUGCGUGAUGUAAAUACACUGUCUAAUCAAUACAC